CUUCCGGAUCAGCCGGUUUGAAGCGGUCAGACUUGUCGGCUGGAGUGAGAAGCACCAGAGGAAGCUGCUCUGACGUUUUUCUCCGAGCGCACCAUGUUUAAGCCGACGGAGGCCCCCAAGAACCAGGCCCGCCGUCACAACAUGUCCUCCAAGGGCUCCAGGGAGCCCAAAGCCAUUCACAUCGACGAGGAAGUCAAGAUAGCCGUGAAGUUGGCGCUGGACAGGUUUUGCUACAGCAAUGAAAAAGAGCUGGAGUUCCCGUCCUCCUUCUCCAGCACUGAGAGGGCCUUCGUUCACCGACUGGCCCAGUCCCUGGGCUACAGCUCCAGGAGCAAAGGGAAAGGGUCGAGUCGUUUCCUGACCGUCAGGAAGAAGGAGACGUCCGCCAAGCUUCAGCCCAGCAUCUGCCUGGACCUGAGCUCCAGCUCCGCCUACUUCAUCCGCAGCCUGCUGCAGAGGUUUCCUCCCAGCAAGAAGGAGCGAGCCGACCUCCAUCCCAACGCCAAGAGUGGAAAUCCUUUGGUUACAGAAUCAAACGGCAGCUUCGACCGAACCAGAGCCAGCGGCCGCCUGAACAACGGCAUCCCCAUGGUUCCUAAGAAGAGGACGCCGUCGGUGCUGGACGCUUUCCGGCGCUCCCUUCCUGUGACCGAGCACCAGGACGAGAUAGUCCAGCUGAUCCGGGACCACCGAGUGGUUCUGGUUUUGGGAGAAACUGGCUCUGGAAAAACCACGCAGAUCCCACAGUUUCUGUUAGACGACUGCAGCCGCUACGGGAAACCCUGCAGGAUUUUCUGCACUCAGCCCAGACGCCUGGCGACCAUCGCCGUGGCGGAGCGGGUGGCCGCAGAGAGGGGGGAGAGUGUGGGUCAGACUGUGGGUUAUCACAUCAGGCUGGAGAGCAGGGUCUCUCCCAAGACACUGCUCACUUUUUGCACCAGUGGAGUUCUCCUGAGGACGCUGAUGGCCGGAGACGGCAGCCUCACGACUGUGACCCACGUGAUCGUGGAUGAGGUCCACGAACGGGACGGCCUGACAGACUUCCUUCUCACCAAGCUGCGGGAUGUUCUCCAGAAGGUUCCCACCCUGAAGCUGAUUCUGUCCAGCGCAGCUCUAGAUAUAGAUCUGUUCCUCCAGUACUUCGGCUCCUGUCCGGUGAUCCGCCUCAAAGGGAAGCAGUUUGAGGUGAAGCAGUUCUUCCUGGAGGACAUCCUGAAGCAGACGGGCUUCAGCAGGCAGAACGCUUCCAAAUACCAGGAGGAGAUGCAGAGAAAGGAGACGCAGCAGAAACGGUUGAAUGAAUGGUUUGAGGCAGCAGGGAGCGGUGCUGUGGGUGCGACUUUGACCCACAUGUUUCCUCCGGGCCUCCUUGAUGCCGGCGGCUGUGGGGACAGAGAGAAGGAAUCCAUCCAGCAGAGUGAGAAGGACCCAGAGCAGCUGAAGCCAUGGCUGCUAAAGGAGAUGGACUCCUGCAUCUCCAGCAUCUUCCUGCAUGAAGACCAGGAUGCUUUCAGCCAGCUCUUCAACCUCAUCCUGCAUGAACGGGUCAGCGUGGACUACACCCACAGUGAGACGGGCUCCACACCUCUGAUGGCUUCAGCAGCGCGAGGAUUCCUUCCAGAGAUGCAGCAGCUGCUCUCCAUGGGUGCUGACAUCAACAUGAGGGCAUGUAACGGAUGGACGGCGUUGGACUUUGCUGAACACUUCCAGCAGACGGAUGCUGUGGAUCUGCUGAAGACCUCCAUACCUCUGCGGCAGGCAGAAGACCGGGAGGAAUCCACUUUGAUCCAUUGCAGCCCCACGGAGCUGAACAGCGAGGCACAAGAGCUCCUUAGACAGUACCACCACAGCUUCGAUGACCAGCAGGUGGACCUGGACCUCAUCAUGACGCUGCUUCUCAACAUCUGCACCAACACCAAUGAGGGCGCUGUCCUCAUAUUUCUUCCUGGAUACGAUGAGAUUGUGACGUUGAGGGACCGCAUCUUCUCUGACGAUAGGAUGUCCACACAGUCUGAGAGCUACCAGGUCUUCACGCUUCACUCGGACAUGCAGACUCUGGACCAAAAGAGAGCCAUGAAGCCGACUCCCUCCGGCGUCAGGAAGAUAAUUCUUUCUACCAACAUCGCUGAAACCAGCAUCACCAUCGAUGACGUGGUCUUCGUCAUCGAUUCAGGGAAAGUCAAAGAGAAGUCCUUUGAUACGCUGAGUCGCGUCUCCAUGUUGAAGUCUGUCUGGAUCUGCAAAGCCAGCGUCCUGCAGAGGAAAGGAAGGGCGGGCCGCUGCAGACCAGGGAUCUGCUUCCAUCUAUUCAGUCGAUUCCACUAUAAGAACAUGCAGGAGUUCCAGGUUCCACAGCUGCUCCGGAUGCCGCUGCAGGAGCUGUGUCUGCAGACCAAGCUGCUGGCUCCUUCCUCCUGUCCAAUCGCUGACUUCCUGUCCAAAGCUCCUCAGCCUCCUCCCACACAUUCCAUCCAGAGCGCAGUCCAGAUGCUGAAGACCAUAGACGCCCUGGACCAGAACGAAGAUCUGACUGACCUGGGCUUCCACCUGGCCGACCUACCCGUGGAGUCCCACCUGGGCAAAAUGGUGCUGUGUGGCGUCGUGCUCAAGUGCCUGGACCCCAUUCUCACCAUCGCCUGCAGCCUGGCCUACCGUGACCCGUUCACGCUUCCAGCUGAAAGCUCCCAGAAGAGAGCUGCUCUGCAGAGCCGCAUGCACUUCACCGCCAGCACCUUCAGCGACCACAUGGCCCUUCUCAGAGCCUUCCAGGGAUGGCAGAAGGCCCGCAGCGAGGGCUGGGAUAGAUCCUUUUGUGAGAAGAACUUCCUGUCCCAGUCUACCAUGGACAUGAUUCUGGGCAUGAGGACACAGCUGCUGGGACAGCUCCGUGCUAUUGGUUUUGUGCGCGCCCGCGGAGACAGCGACAUCCGCGACGUCAAUCUGAACUCUGAGAACUGGGCGGUGGUGAAGGCGGCGCUGGUGGCCGGCAUGUAUCCCAACAUAGUUCACGUCAACAGGAAGGCCUCUCUGUUGUGCAGUCACCGAGAGAAGAAGGUCCUUUGCCAUCCAACGUCUGUUCUCAGCAAGCUGCAGCUGAAGGAGAACAGCUCCAGGUUAACCCAGAGCCUCCCCACCGACUGGCUGAUCUACGACGAGAUGAGCAGAGGUCAUCGUGUGGCCAGUGUCCGCUGCUGCUCCGUGGUGACCGCCGUUACCGUGGCCGUGUUCGCCGGCGGGACCAGACCGGUCACCUCCACCCUCCAUGAACCUGCUGGACAGAAAAGGAACGCUGCAGAUCAUCUGCUGAAUGAGCUGAGCGACAGCGAGCCAGAGGACCUCGCCCAGAUGAAGAUCGACGACUGGCUGGUUUUCCAGCUGGAGAGAGAGAACGCUGCGCUGCUGUGUGACCUCAGACAGAAGUGGCAGGAGCUGUUCAUCAAGAGGAUCCGCUGUCCCAGCAAGCCGUGGUCUCAGCAGGACGAGGCCGUCAUCCAGACGCUGGUUUCUGUGCUGGGAGCCGAGGAGCACGAGGCCGGCCUGCAGCAGCCUGCGGGGGUCGGCCAGCGGCCCAGGCCCAUGUCAUCAGAGGACGGACCCCGGUCCUCCAUGAGGAACUCCAGGACCAGCCCCCAGGCCCCCGCUCACUCCAGGAACGACAGGUCCAAACCGCUGCUGUUCUCUGACCAAAUGAAGACCCACAGCAGCGACGGCGUCUCCAAAGACCGCCCCCCCUCCUCCAGCACUUCCUCCCACUCAGCGAAUCCAGACGGCUCUGAUCCGAUGGCCCCUUCAUCCUCAGGAAAGCCGGCCCCCAAGCCUGGGCUCCAGAGGGCCAUGCUUUCAUCCGUGCGAUACUUCAUCAUGAAGAGCAACAGCAUGAGGAACGUAGAGAUCUCUCAGGAGAAAGGCAUCUGGUCCACCACACCAAGCAACGAGAGCAAACUCAGCCAGGCCUUCUUGGCCAACAGCCUGGUCCUCCUGGUCUUCUCGGUGCAGGGAUCCGGACACUUCCAGGGCUACGCUCGCAUGACAUCCGUGGUCAGCCAGGACAGCUGUCAGGACUGGGGCCUGACGGGCCUGGGGGGGCUGUUCAGCGUGGAGUGGAUCCGUAAGGAGAGUCUGCCCUUCUCCCGCACGCAACACAUCCUCAACCCCUGGAACGACAACAAGCGAGUUCAGGUCAGCAGGGACGGACAGGAGCUGGAGCCGCAGGCUGGCGGCCAGCUGCUCCAGCUGUGGGAGGGGACGUCUGGGAACCACUAGCAGGCAGAGCUGGGAUCCCUGCUGUGGAUGACAACUUCCCCAUUGCUAAUGUUGCACACGUUUCACCUGAAGCCUCCUCCUCCAGGGUUUACCUCGCCAUGGCUGCUCUCAGGACGUUCUCUGUUCCGUGGAUCCAGGCCGGAUCUGCUGUUGGUUUACUGCACUGAACUUUAUUCUGGUUGGUUUAAGGUUUUAUUCCUGGUUUCAACUUAAAGAUCAUCACUACUUCUGUCUCAACCUGUUUAUUCUUUCAUUAAAGUUCCUGUGAUAAAAUGAUCAUCCAUCAUUCAACAAUACUUCACUCAUGUUUUAUCUCAUAGUGGAAAUGACUCCUGUAAAUGUUUUUAUCAGGUGUUUCUAAGCCCUCUGGAGGGAUUUGUAUUUAUUUUUGUGAGUAAAAGAAUAGAACCAGAAACCACCGUAGUUUAUUAGGAGAGUCUCCUGUCUGAUCCAGCAGACGAAAAUCUCAAUAAAACACUGGUUUUUAAAGGAAAGUUCCGGUUUCUAAAUCAAAAGUAGAUAAAACCUCAGCAACAGAAGUGAAAGAUUUAUAGGCAGAUGCUGGUUCCACUCAGGAUCCUCCCACUCAGGAUCCUUCAUGUCUCUCAAUAAUCCCUUAGAUUCAUUAUCCACCCAUAGAGCAAAACAGCCUCUAAGCUUCAAUUCUUUAUCGAUUUACUAAUAAUGGAUUAAAAAUACUAGAAAAAACUCUUUUUAACUAAGAGAAGAGAUUAUUAAAGGAAAA